ACUGCCAGUUCCCAAACUAGAAGAUACAAUUAGGAGGUACCUGAAUGCCCAGAAACCACUUUUAAACGAUGACCAAUUCAGGAAAACUGAAGAACUUGCUCAUCAGUUUGAAAAGGGAGUUGGAAGAGAGCUGCAUGAGCAACUGGUUGCUCAAGACAAUAAGAACAAGCAUACUAGUUACAUCACAGGUCCCUGGUUUGACAUGUACCUAAAAGCACGUGAACCUGUUGUUCUGAAUUUUAAUGCCUUUAUGUCUUUUAAUCCCGAUCCAAAAUCUGAGUAUAACGAUCAGCUCAUACGAGCUACGAACAUGACUGUUUCUGCUGUACGUUUUAUGAAGACCUUCAGGGCUGGUUAUCUUGAACCAGAGGUUUUCCACCUCAAUCCGGAAAAAAGUGACACUGAGAUCUUUAAAAAAAUCAUCCGAUUUGUGCCUUCUUCACUUUCUUGGUUUGGUGCCUACAUGGUCAAUGCAUACCCCCUAGAUAUGUCUCAGUACUUCAGGCUUUUCAAUUCUACGCGGCUGCCUAAGCUCAACAGGGAUGAGCUUUAUACAGAUGAAAAGGCAAAGCAUUUACUAGUACUGAGGAAUGGGAAUUUUUAUGUAUUUGAUGUUCUUGAUAGAGAUGGAAAUAUGCUGAAACCGUCAGAAAUACAAGCACACUUGAAAUACAUCCUUAGUGACAACAGCCCAGCCCCAGCCUUCCCCCUUGGCUACCUCUCCAGUGAAAACCGAGAUACAUGGGCAUUGCUGAGAAAGAAUCUACUGGAUAACGGCAAUGAAGCAGCUCUUCAAAAAGUAGACUCUGCUUUGUUUUGUUUAAGUUUAGAUGACUUUCCCAUUAAAGACUUUGUGCACUUGUCCCACACUAUGUUGCAUGGAGAUGGUGCUAACCGCUGGUAUGACAAGUCCUUUAACCUUAUCAUAACUAAGGAUGGCACUGCAGGAAUUAAUUUUGAACAUUCCUGGGGAGAUGGUGUGGCCGUGCUCAGGUUCCAGAAUGAAGUUUUUAAAGAUAGCACCAAGUCACCAGCCAUCAACCCCCAGUCCCAGCCUGCUUCAGUAGACUCUUCUGGAGCAGUGCAGAAACUUCACUUUAAGCUGAAUGAUGCCUUAAAGGCAGGAAUUACCAAAGCCAAAGAGAAAUUUAAUGCCACUGUGGAAGCACUGUCUCUUAAUAUGAUUCAGUUCCAUGAAGGCGGCAAGGACCUUCUAAAGCAGAAGAAAGUAAGCCCAGAUGCUGUGGCUCAGCUUGCCUUCCAGAUGGCUUUCCUUCGACAGUACAACCAGACUGUGGCUACGUACGAGUCUUGCAGUACUGCAGCCUUCAAACAUGGUCGUACAGAAACGAUUCGUCCUGCCUCCAUCCAUACAAAGAAGUGUUCGGAAGCUUUUGUCAAGGAGCUGUCCAAACACAGCACGGAAGAGCUUCAGAAACUGAUAGAGGAGUGCUCAAAAUACCAUGGCCGUUUGACAAAAGAAGCUGCUAUGGGGCAGGGAUUUGACCGACAUCUCUUUGGCUUGCGCUAUUUAGCCUUAUCCAGAGGUAUUGCGCUGCCCGAUUUCUAUCAAGACCAAGCCUAUGCGCGACUUAACCACAACAUCAUUUCUACAAGUACAUUGGUUAGCCCGGCUGUGCAAUUGGGAGGGUUUGGCCCAGUGGUGUCUGAUGGCUUUGGAGUAGGAUAUCAGGUACACGAUGAUUGGAUAGGUUGUAAUGUUUCCUCUUACCCAACUAGGAAUGGUAAAGAAUUCCUUCAGUGUAUAUACAAGUCAUUGGAAGAUAUCUUUAAUGUUUUAAAGGGCAAGAAGGUUGGUAGUUAG